GUGCCCGCACGGCGCCGCCUCCCUCCCCGCUCCGCCCCACCCCGCCGCGGCAAUGCGGAAGAGUUUCGGGGCGGCCCCGCUCCGCCGCCUGCGAGAGCAGCGCCCGGUGCCAUGGCGCGGCGGCGCCGGCACCUGCGCUGCUGAGAGAGGCCCGCACCGGAGCCGCCAUGGCCGCCGCCCUCCGCUGCGCCCUCUGCAGCUGCCUCCUGCUCUGCGUAUCUGGAAUAGUGCCGAAACCUAAAAACGCAAGAAUUAUUUCACUUAAUCUUCAUAGCAUUUUACAGUGGGAUGCACCUAAAUUUCACGGAGGAAAUAUAAGUUACACUGUCCGAUCUAAGAGCAUCAAUUUCCCUGGAAACACAUACGAAAAUGUGAGCACGAACUUGAGACUCACAGAGUGUGAUAUCUCUUCUCUGUCUGCAUAUGGAGACUACAUUUUACAGGUCAGAGCAGAGUCAGAAGAUAAAUAUUCAGACUGGGUGACCAUCCGAUUUAAGCCGAUGGAUGACACAGUGAUUGGGCCACCUGAUGUAAAAGUGAAAUCUGAGUCUGGGUCCCUGCAUGUGGAUUUCAUAGGCCCUUUUGCUGAAUAUGAACAUGACAAGUGGCCUAUAAAGCAAUAUUACGGCUCAUGGAAUUACAGAAUACUGUACUGGAAGAAAGGCAGCAAUACAGAGGUAGCUCACGUAGAUACUAAACAUAAUUCUGAAAUAUUAUCUCAGUUGGAGCCAUGGACGGUAUAUUGUAUUCAAGUGCAAGCAGUUAUCCCUGAGUGGAACAAAACAGGAGAACUGAGCGGAGAGCUUUGCGAGCAGACAACCCACAAUGGUGUAACUCCUGUGUGGAUAAUUGUGACUGUUCUUAUAGGAUCGAUGUUGGUCGUUGCAAUAUCUGUUCCUGUUUGUUUCUUUUCCUUUUUUUAUCUGUAUCGACUCAUCAAACAUGUUUUCUGCCCUUCAUAUACCUUCCCUCAACACUUGAAAGAGUUUUUGAGCAAGCCUCCCAGUGGCUCGCAGUUUUUUCCUCCACUCCCACAAGAAGAGCAUCUUUCUUAUGACAAGCUAACUGUCAUUUCAGAAGAAUGCAAAAAUCAAAGUGAUGAGACAGGGGAUGAGGCCAGCAAGACAACAGAGCACCUCCAGGACUCUGAACAAGAAGAUUCUGAUUCAAGCAUAGUACCAGCUUCAUCAAAAGCCUAAAUGCACUCCUCAUACUUCACUUGGCACUAAAGCAAAUGGACUCUUAUCUUCUUAUGGCUGCUUUCUUAAGAUGGAAAAAAAUCGUAUUGAACAUGUGUGCACAGACUUUUGACAGAAUCAUGUUAUUUUUUUAAAGUACAAGAAACUUGACUGUAAAGGAGGAAUUAAAUUAUGCAUAAUUUUUGCCACUUUUUGUAGUGGCUCACUGUUGUAGCAAUACCUAGGACUGUAUUAUGACAUAAAUUUAAAAAGCAAAUAUCAUAUAUAUAAUACUAGUUAAUUUAACUUUGGUGAACUAUUUAUUGCAAAAUCUAAUCAAAAUGGAAUAUUGUAUAAGGUUUGUAAAAGAAAAUUAUAUUUUGUAAAAAAAGACACGAUUUGAUGUAUUUUUUUUUUUAAUGAGAAAUUGUAUUUCUGAAGGAUAUAUCCCUAGUGGCAUAAUCUUUCUAUUGAAUGGGUUUUUUUUAUCUGAUACAAAAUUGCAAAGCUAUUGUGAUGGGAUGAAUUUGGUAUGAAUAAACCAAACAUAAAUAUCCA